CUGGCAACUUUAAACUUGUUGCUAAUCAACAAAUAAAAUGGCUGGCCUGUCGGACGAAAGAGGUACAUUUACAAAUUCCGGUAUGGGGGAUGAACCGCCUGCUCCUUCAUCAAGUGACGAUGAUGAAGAUGAAGACGACGACGAUGUGAGGCCUUCACUUGCUGAUCAGCAAAAAGUUGGGUUUUUCCGACAGGAUCGAGCAACACAGACAACAGAAUCUGAGAUUGUUGAGUUAAAGGAAAUGACAGUCGUGAUUCAAGAACUUGUUCAAGAAGCCAGAAGCCUGAAAAGAGACCUAAAUUUAACCAAACAUGUGAUGCAUGCCGACUAUGAAAACAAAUUGCAGGAAAAGACGCUUGAUUUGUACUGCAGAGUCAACGAAAGAGUAGCUGAACUUGAGAAAACACAGGAUGAGAGAUUGGCAAUUGUCCGAAGAAGUUUCAAACAACAACUUAUGAAUGCUAUUGUUAAGAUUAACAAUGAGUGGAAGAAACAUUAUGGGCUCAAAAUGCAGCAAGCUGCUGGUCAUCAGGCAUCGAAGGCCAGCAAGGUGGAGGAAGGUUACAAGCAGCUGCAAUACCAAAUUACUCAGCAAGAGGGUAUAAUUGAUAUGCUGAAGAUGCAGCUACAACAAGCCACCGAGGAUGCUGUUAGAACGGAAGCAUCAACACCAGUAGCUGUGUAUGAGGUUCAGAACCUAAAGGAAGAGAAUCAAAAACUUCGCAAAAAAAUAUUCAAUCUUGAGAACGCCCUUGACACCAAAGAUGAAAACACAGAAGAGCAACAUAAAGAAAUAAACAAUCUUACGACAGCUUUAGAGAAGGAACGGGUAAAAGUUGAACAGCUGUCAGCAGAACUUGAACAGGCAAAAUCAUCUGCAAAUGCAGAGCUAACAUAUCUAAAGAAAAAUGCGGAUAAACAGCGGCAACAGUUAGAGAAGGAGCUACAAGAGAAAAUGCAAGCAGGCCGAGAUGAGCUCCUGCAAAUGGCACGAAAGCAUGCAGUGGAACAGAAGAUGCUAGAAGAUGAAAAGCAUAAACUGUUAUCAGCUCAAAAGAAAACUUCAGAGAAACUACUUAAAAAAGAAGAAGAGCAGACAAAAAAUAGUCAAGAAUCAAUGGAUGAAAUUAAAAAGCUGAAGCGAAUGGAGAAAUUCCACAAGGAUGAAAUUGGAAGNCUACAGAGGGAGCUAGCAAGGACAAUUAAAAGCUGGGAGAAAAAGUUUACUAUUCUACAGAAGAGUAUGCACGCCAUCAAAGAUGAGAGUUACCUACGACAGACUCUUCAAAAACAGUCAGCAAUGCUUCACCAUGCUUCUGUACAGUAUUCGGCUGACACACCCAUGGGUAUUAUACCAGCCCCUCAGCUUCCUCCAAACAGCCCAAUGAAGGCACCAACAUUUCCAUUGCCUGGAAUUGGUAGACAAGGUGCUAAUAAUAAUGUGAGGGACUUCAUGACACCAUUCACAAUGUCGCCCCCACCUGGCAGAGGUGUUGAACUUUUUGCUACUGGAGAGUCACAGAUUCUAGACCCAGAAGAUGAUACUGACAUUGAAGGAAUGACAGGUAUUUUACCAUUACCUACACCCCCUCCACCAAAAUGGCAUAGUGAAAGUAGAACAUCUUCCCAACAGGAAGUCUCUUGAAAGAAAGCAAGAUCACUUGAUAUCAAUUAGCCAAUCAAUGUGUCUUAACAUCAACAUACAUCUUUUUAAGUGUUUCAACUGAGGAUCGUCCAAGGUGGUUGUUCCCAAAUGUUACCAUCGAUGACAUUCAGGUUUUCAGAAUGGCAUUACAUUUUCCACAGGAGGUUUCUUGAAAAAGGAAUUGUCCAGGGAGCUUGUUCCCAACCGUUACAAAACAGUGACAUCAACUUUUAUCUUCAAGUUAUGAUUAAUUUUUAUUUAUACUAGAAUAUAAAAGUAAUUUUUGUAACAGUUGGGAACAAGUUUUACAGAAAUGGCAUGUGUGUAAAGAAGCCACUAUAUUAGUAUUUUUUCCCCAUUUAAAUGGGUUUUUAAAUCUAUGGAUUAUUGUGUCUACUGCUUGCAGGAGCAGUAAGUUGUAAGCGUAAAUCCAAUUUGAGAGGAAUGAUAUGAUACCAUUGCCCAUAAGCUAAAGAAAGAAAUGAAACAUGUUUUAAAGAACUAAAAAGUCAACAAUCUGUCAACAAUCUCUUUCUUGUAGGCUUACUCUUAUUCUUUACUUGGCAAAAAAGAAAGUACAAUACAAUGGUUAGUCCACAGUGAAAACAAACAAACAAAUAGUGAGCAAAAGUUUCAAUCAGAAACUUUACAAUAAUCGAGUCCCCCAAUAAAAAUUAGCCAACUCCUCCUCUCCCCAACAAAACCCCCUCCCCAUAUCAAGCAGUAGACAUUAUAUUACUAUCAGGGCGGCGCCAGGAAUUCCCCAACGAGGGGUCUAAUCUCCCCGACAAGGGAUUCCACCCCCCCCCCCUCCUCUCCGAUCGGGAAAAAAAUCAAUUUGUCGGGAAAAAAUUUGAUUUGUCGGGGAAUUUUUUUAAUUAAAAGAUAAUAAAAUUUUGUGUUAAUUAUGGGAUUCUUUAAUUAAAAAGGAUGUUGGGGGCACUAAUCUACCUCUCGGAGGUACUAACUCCCUGUCAAAAGUACCAGCCCCCGUCGGGGAAGAGCUGGCGCACCACUGCAACCCAUACAAUCGUAAAAGAAUACAGCACCUCGUACAUACGAUAACACUGCUCGCACUAAACAGUUUUUAAUUCUUAAAAUU